GAGAUUUGCCCUCCAAUAUCACACAAAGAGCUCCUCGUCUACCCGCACUCCAACGCCGUCAUUCAGUGUAGAGAGUCAUUUGUAUUUGUAUGUAUUAUAGAAUCGAGACAACGUUGCCCCUACGCUUCUUCUUCUUCUUCUUUGUUCUCGAUCGGAAGUAAGAAAAAGUAGGAGAAGACUGACGCUUUUUCUAUUUCCAGUGAUUUGAUCUCCGGAGUCAGCCACGCUCCGGCGAUCCUACUUCCUCGUAACGCAGGAUGGUCUCAGCUAACCAAGAAAUGGUGGUUUACUGCUUUGACACUCUUGUCACCCACUACAAUGGUGAGCAGGCUCCGCUCCCGGCCUUCGAGGAUGGGCAGCACCCAUUGUUUGUGACAUGGAAGAAAGCAAUUAAUGGUGGCGAACCACGUUUGCGAGGAUGCAUUGGAACUUUAGAAGCUCGAGGAUUGAUCAGUGGUUUAAAGGAUUAUGCAUUAACUAGUGCUCUGAGAGAUCGACGCUUCCCUCCAGUCCAAGCCAAAGAAUUGCCGUAUUUGGAAUGCACAGUGUCUAUUCUUACUGAAUAUGAAACUGCUCUGAACUACCUUGAUUGGGAGAUUGGAAAGCAUGGCUUGAUUAUUGAAUUCACUGACCCUGAUUAUAAUACAAGGCGCAGUGCAACUUACUUGCCUGAGGUGGCUGCCCAUGAAGGUUGGACCAAGAUUGAAGCCAUCGACUCUCUAAUGAGGAAAGCAGGCUAUAAUAAUGUAAUCACCGAGUCCCUUCGCAAGAGACUUCGUAUCACCAAGUACCAAAGCACCUUAUGUACUAUGCAUUACACAGAAUAUAUUACUUAUGUGAAAACCAGCCGAGCUCAGUACCCUCCAAUUAAUGGGGUAAAGCCUAUCCACUGAUAUGUGUGGGAUUGGAGAAAUUAUUAAGUUCGGACACCAGACAGAGAGAAAUCAUCCGGAUUUCUCUCUAUCUAUAGUAAAAGCACAGUCAAAGUGCAGGCAAAGCGCAGUACUGUAGCAGUUGUGCUUUGACUGCACUUUUACUGUAGACAGAGAGAAAUCCGAAUGAUUCUCUCUGACUGGUGUCCGGACAUAAUAAUUUGCCUUGGGGUUGCAAGAUACAUACCCAUAGUUCAAUUUGAUGCAGCUGGGUAAAAAUUGUAAUUUGAUUUUUGUCCCACCUGCUAUUCAACUGGCCAUCAUUCUUAUGUCUUUUGAUGGACUUUAUUUAAAACAUUCCAGCAAGUUUGUUGUUAACUAUUUAUAUCAGUCCGUUAAGUAUGCUGAAACCUAUAUUUACUGAAGGUUUUAAUGAUAUCUGGGAUCAAGAAAGUCCUUUAAUACUC